AUCAUUUGGAUUCUUGCUAAUUUCACCCGUCUUGGACUUGAGUGGUGCUAUUUUUGACGUGUGUGGACCAAAUGCCCUCUUGAUGCCCUCGUACAUGCUCCUUGCAUCUCCGUUGUCUGAAACCUAUUGUAUGAGAUUGCAAAGGUCUAUCCAGUAAGUGUUGACACAGUGGCGGGCCGUCUGCUGUGAUAAUUUUUUUGCAGUGUACUAGCACAAGAUGCUUCCCUAUAGGUAAGUAGGGCUCUUCUCUUGCUCUCGAUUACGGCUAUAUAUAUAUAUAUAUAUAUGUAGUAGAUUGGUGGUUGUUUAGGGUUGCCUUAGGUGACAACGCCAAAACACUGUAGUAGUGUAAAUUGACCCUGCUCGCAGCGCCAAAAACUGUAGCCGAGUGGAUGACGUUUAGCUUACAGUUUUAUAAAUAAGAUCAAAAUCAAAAUGAAACAAUCAGGUCUUGAGGACUAUAGCUUUUUAAUUAAUGCUCUCCUAUGAUGAAAACAAGAAAAAGGACACUAUGAACUAUGGAGAAGAAGCCUAUGAAGAAAAAGAGAAAGAAAAAGGGAAAGAAAAAGGACAAUAUCUGAAAAUAAACAAAUAGUACAGGUUAACAAUGUCCUGACUAACAAAGCUAAUAAUAAACAUAUUACAUAACCACGUAAUUACACGUGGCGACAACAUAUACUUAACUAGAAAGCAUGAUAAAUGAUACGUAAGUAGUAUUGGUUCAUACACAUGGCAAAGAUAAUUAUCUUGUACUACGAAUGUUUUAACUAUAAAAGAAACCACGUGCAGUGUUUAAUUUGAAACACGUGCACAGUGUUAAUGCUACACACAGAACCAGAGUGCGAUGUGAGGGCUAACAUAAACUUUAAAGAUCUUGAAGUUAUUAUAGUAUGCCAUCCAGGUAUGGUGUCUAUGUAAGAAGCACCCAUAGCAGGACAGUACAUACAAUGGUAUAAAGUAUGACCACCGUUGGCUUGAUACUUGUAUCUGCCCAUCGCUGUGUCUUGUUAAGACAACAGCAGAUUGCAGAAUGAAUCAUUAUAUGGAAUAUGAUCCUCACACAUGCACCAUUUCCUAUGUGAGAAUUUAGCACACGGCAGGAAAGUUAUCCUAUUACACAUAUUUGACGGACACUCGCUGGUUGUAUACUGUUGUAUCAAUAGCUUAUUUUAUAAGCGCACUGCAGUAUGUGUACCCAGAACGAUAUGCAGUUGUUUGUUACGCUCACACACCCUGGUCACUGGUAUCUAAUUUAUUAAUCCUAUUAAAGAAUUUAUUUACCGGUUGUAUGUUAACCUUUAAAAUAGCCUGAGCAUAAGUCUACACGCUGUAGGUUAUUCUACACUAUAUCCUGGCUAUAAGUCUGAACAGAAAUCUUCUAAUGCUAACACUCAACAAGUUCCUACUAACCACAAAGAAAUAAAAUGGCGUAUUUGCCUCUACUUACAGAGCGUUCCAAUGGGCCGCACUGAACAAAGGCACACUGCAGGGAAGCCGACCAAUCUCGAAUGACCCCCCAAUUUAGUGUGCUCCCCCUUUUAAAGCCUUGCGCGGACAUAUGAGAGAGCUUCUCCGUCAGACUUAACCAAGUCGGUCUACGUUUUGCCUUCUGGCCAGUUUCCUGGGAUAAAAUGCCUAACUCUGGGGACUAAUCCCGAGUAAUAAUUAAAAUCUCUGACCAAAGCCCUAACGACUUAUAUGUGAUCUGUGCAGUUUUAUCUCAGCUAUCUAAGAUACUAUUUUAUAUUUUUAUUAGUUAAAUAGUUCUUGAGAUAUUUUAACUAGAAGGGGUGGGGACCACUAUAAAUGAAGGCGAAAACUCCUUUAAUGACUAAAUGUUAAAAUAUUCUCCAACGAUGGAAACUUGUAAAUAUGCUAAGGUAUAGUGAAUAAAAUCCCCUUUCUAACUAGAUAUAAUUUAUAACUUAAUACGCUAGGGUUCCCGAGAAAUAAAUUAUUGAUUUUCUAACUAAAGCGCACAUCGUGGUAUUCUAUUAUUUCCCCCCUUUGGGCAGGAGAAGCCGGCCGUAUAGAGACCGCCGGGUGGGGUGAAAGGGAUACCUGAGUUCAACAUUCCGAUCCAGUGCUAGGCGAGGUCACACCGCGCGACCUCGCGUUGGGCGCCAAACAUGGUUGUACUAAUAACGGUUGUCUCAAAAUAACGGGCUAACGGGGCAUACACUGCCACAUCCACCCCAACUUUUGAAAUCCAGCGCCCUCGCUGGCUCGACUGUAAAGGAAUCAGCAAGUACAAGACAGAGAAAUAUAUACAUUAAAAAAAUGCAGCGCCAGUGCUCAAUACAAUAAAAGCACCUUGGUGUAAUUCACUCCCUGAGUAUGACAAGUAUUUCCUUGUCACGACAUUGUACUAUCUAUAAUGAUAUGAUUGAUGAGGUUACAAGCGCGCGCACCAGGUCGACCCAAGACUUGUAGCAUGGCAGUACGUCUACCAAAAGCACUACGAUGUACAAUCGCUAAUUGUAUACUGGUGUAUACGCCUAAGUCUAUGUGAAACUUGAGGCAGUUCAGCAUGUGUUAUUAGGACUAUAUCAAUUAUAGGUGUUGGUCGACGCAUGCAUACGUGGAUCUUUAGGGGACAAGGCUCUCUGUCGCAUACCUAACAAUGGCGAUCUCACUGUAAAUGGGUACAUUAAGUGAGAUUGACAAUCAAUAAACUUUUUAAAAAAAAAACACUACUUAACUUGAUUACAAAUGAACAUGAAAAGUUUAACAUUCCAGAAGAAAAAAAUGUACUCUACGAAUGAACAAGGGUAUAAAUGCAUUGUCAGUACACAGUGGCCAGAUAGACCGGUAGGGCUACUUGUUGGCUACGGGUCGUCUCAGGUCAUCAUAGCUCCUGUUACUGGUGGGGGUAUGUUCUUGGACUGGAGGGCUGAUGUCUCUAUCAUCGGGUGACGGUGCUGGCUCGCCCAGUCGAUGCAUGUCGAUGCGACAUCUGUAGGUCGAUGCACCAGUGCGACGAUGAGUAGUCGAGUCGCUCUUCUGAUGAGUAGGGAGUUUGCCAGCCACCCAGUAGUGACAUGAAGGAUAGACGCGUGGUGGUACACCUUUCUGUACGAACGUCGCCCACGGUCGUGAUCUGCCAGGUGGUAAGGAACGGAGCGGAUACUGCGGGGCAAUUUUUGACCGCGGGCAUUGUCCAAUUCCUUGUGGUUUGCACGCCUUGUGGUUGGCUUGUUUGCGUGGCGCCCUGCAGGUGACUGGUACUGGUAGGGGCGUGGGCCACGGUUCAUAACUUAUAGGUGGCAAAGAACGAAGACUAAGGUGCCGGGUCUUGUAUAACCGCUGACACUGUCCAUGUCGAUAUGAAUGGCAUGGCUUGUUGUGGUCUUUCGUGACAUGCGUGUUGAUGACUGGCACUUGUUCUGCUUUCAACGCGGGCUCCAUUGGUCAAUCUAUAUUGUCCCUUUUCUUCUAACGUUCAAAAUUGGAUUCUGCAAAGCUAUCCUCAAAUUGAUCCUGCCGACGACGCCAAAAACUGUAGUAGAUUGGUGGUUGUUUAGGGUUGCCUUAGGUGACAACGCCAAAGCUGUAGCCGAGUGGAUGACGUAGCUUACAGUUUAAAUGAAAUCACAAUAAAACAAUCAGGUCUGAGAACUAUAGCUUUUUAAUGUAAGGUACAAUGCGUUGACAGAGCCGACAGGAAAAUCUCUCACACCUGCCAUCGACCCGACGCAUCCGUUCCACACCACAAUCUCAAAAAUGUACACACCUCAAGUCCCAGUUCGCCCCCCCUCCCCCACACACACACAGUCACAGGGAACCCGCGUCCGAGCUGACCAUGGCUCAACCCCGUAGCAGGGAUGGUUAUUCCCGCGUCUAAAUAACCUACAUAAAAUUUAAGGCCAGUACACGGCUGAGUGUUACGUUGAAUGACCAUGGAUAAUGGAUGUGUACGUGCUUGGGGUUACCCAUAGCAGUGACACUAUGAGAGUGGAUUCUCUUAUAUAGUGGCACAUUGCCACAUAUAUAUAUAUAUAUAUAUAUUGGCCUGUGUUGUUUAUGGUUGCAAAGUAUGAAAGACUUAGUAUGGGUAUUCUUGUAUGCAGUGGCGUAGCUAGGGUUGGAGUCACCCGGUGCGGUAAACUCAUGGUGUCACCCCCCCCCCACCCAAAAAAAACAACAAACAAACACAAAAAACAAAAAACAACUUCAAUGAUGGAUUUCUACUUGUUAAAACAAAUACACUGUAUAACAAUGACAGGGACAAAAUCACAUACAUCGAAGGUCAUGAGGUCAAUGUCUUUAAAUCUGCAACAACGUUAAGUUAUAGUUAUUUUUACAUUCAAUUUACUUUAUUUCAAAUUGUCCUUUCCGUGUCUUCAAAGCUGCAAACCUGUCAAUCACUUGAUCGAAAUCAAUUUCAUUCACUUUAUCAAUUAAUAGCAGAGCCGCAUCAGAAAGCCUAGAUUUUUCCAUGGUGGAUCAUAAAUAUUUUUUGAUAAGCUUAGUUUUGAUAAGCUCUGGGCGCAAAAAGCCACACACACACAUAUUGUAUGAAAAAAAUUAAAAGCUUAGCGAGAGUAUUGGAGGAGAUUCUAGGAGGUCCCAUUCAGCUAUGAAUUUAAAAACAUCAAAUACUGACCAGUCCUUGAAUUUGUGAAAUUCAAUAUCAGCUGCCUUUAGAUCUCUUCUAAGCUUUAGUAUUUCUUUUAAAAAUUCAUCUUCUAAUGAUUCAUCAUAGAAAGAGGUUAAUUUUGGAACGGAAACCAAUAACUCUUCUUCACUUGCUGCUACUAGACUCUUGUGUCAAACAGUACCAAACAUAUCUGCUACUUCCUUGGUCGCUAAUGAUCUGAUCUGGCCUUCAGAAUGAAAGCGAUCAAUACAAGCCAGGAUCUCCCUACUUUUUUCUUCUCGCAGAAAGAGUCCAGCAUCAAUUAAUUGUUCUCCUGCCAUUCGCUUCUUCAACCUUAUUCUUCUCUCUACCGAAAUUCCAUAUUGGUCUGAUUUUAAAAGUACCUUUUCAAUAGCAUGUUACACCAAGUGACGGCGCUUCACGUGGAGAAACAAUCUUUAGGCCUAUAGGUUUCUCACCACUUUGUCAAGAGUAAAGCCUUUAGUCUGCAGAUACUGCUGUGUACGAUUAACUUCCUCGAGUAGAUCAGCCCAAAGGUAAAGGUAGCAUAUACACGUGAAAUCACAGACAGCAUGUAAAAGACCGUGUGCUGUACCUUUUUGUAUCUGAAUAUUCAAGAGGAUUACACAGAGUUUCAAUCACCGCCGCACAUUCAUCAAACUCAUCUUUCACUGUUUUAACAGCAGCAUGAUGAGCUCUCCAACUCGUUAUUGACAGUCUUUUCACCGACAUCCCAGUGGUGUGUUCAAUUAGAACAUUCCAUCGAUGAGUGGAUGCAGCAAACAAGGAAAAUAUUCUUUCAAGAGUACCGAAAAAUGUAAUACAUGAAGCAUUUUCUGCAAAAGAGUGUUGACCACACAAGUUAAGUGAAUUGCCCACACAUAUAUUAAAAAUUGCAUUCUUUUAAUAUUUCUUUACAUAAUGGCCUCAGCACCUUCAUGGAUUCCAGACAUUGUGGAAGCAUUAUCGUAACCUUUAGCUCUGAAAUCAUUAUUUCUAGUCUAUAAAGUUUUAGAUUUUAAAGAAUUUCAGAGCUGAGGUCAUCAGCUUUUUCCCCUCUUAACGGGAAAAAUGCAAGAACACAUCUCUCACUUCAACUUUCCCAUUGUUGAUUUUCACAUAUCUGAUCACUUCGGACAUCUGAUCACUGUGAUAUUUCAGGUGUACUUUCGAAUAUAAUUUCAAAAUAGCUUGCAGUCUUUAAAUCCAUGAAAAGAAUCUAAUUAACAUGGUGUGCAAGGACAUUUUUAAAAUCAUUUUGGGUUUUUUGUGUAAGGUAAGAUGCGAAUGUUUUUUUUUGUAGAUGUACUCGUCUUUAGUCUCAUUUGGUGCUCUUUUAGCACUGAGUCAUAUUUAGAUAACAUGUCAACCAUUUCAAGAAAAAUUAAGUAAAGACUCAAAUUCGUUGUGGACACGAAAGGCAAGAUUUUGUUUUGCAAGAAACAAUGUGAUAUCCAGCAACCUGUGAAGGAUAUCCCUCCACUUUUUCUUCUCCCUGUCCAUCACAGCAAUACUUUCGGCAUCAAUUGUUUUGUGUAUCCUAAGUCCUGCUGCCAAUGCUUUCCACUUUUCAAGGCAACAUAGGUGCUCUUCCAAUGCCUCAUGGUUUUGUAAUUUUGGGCUCAUUUUCCACACUUAUCAAAGCCAGUAACAAAUGUGGAUUUUGUUUCUGUAACAAUAACAGCAAACAAUCUGCAGCAAAAACAAUACAAUUUCUGACUGACGAGUGAAUAAACCAUCCACGACCGCAGUAUUUUCUUGCCAUUUUGAAUCAUCCCUUAGAUCCAUUGAUUUUUUUAGCUGGCAAACACCUCCUUUAGAUUUAGCAUUUAGCCUUGUCACUACGCUGAAUAGUCCGUCCUUGUUCUGAAACGAGGUGCUUCAUAUUUCCCUAAAGGUAUAUGAGGUAUGUAUCUAGUGCAUCUUUUAAAAUGUGCCAGUUUUUGUCAUUAACCAUUACACGUACAGUAUCAUGGUUUGAAUCAACAUGAUCACCAAACCAUCCAUGUCUUUGGAUUGGUUACAUUUAUGAAAAAUUUAAGUGUGAUCGGUUAUACUUUUAUGAAUCUCGGUUGUGUGUGCUCAGAUUGCUCUGUAAAUAUGCAAUUUUUCAGUUGGGUGUCACCCCUAAAAUGGUGUCACCCGGUGCGGUCCGCACCCCCCUCGCUACGCCACUGCAUGUAUGUUGCAUAGUGUACAGUGUGUUAUGGUGAUUUAUUAUAAAUGGUUAACGCAGGUCGGUUCCGGGGAAAGGUAAGUGCCCCCCGGAGCAAAAAUAUGUCCAAUACAUCAACUGGAACUGCUGGCACUGCACCCCCGAAAAACUGCAGUGUUCCCCCGGUGGAAAAUUUCUUAAAGAAACACUGGCGACAGUGAUCUCAUUUUUUUGUUCUAGUGAUUGUACUACAAUGCUCCACCGUGCCAUGUGUGAUUGUACUACAAUGCUCCACCGUGCCAUGUGUGAUUGUACUACAAUGCUCCACCGUGCCAUGUGUGAUUGUACUACAAUGCUCCACCGUGCUAUGUGCAUUGCACAUAAUAAUAAUAUUGAAAUUAAAAAAUACCGUGAACUGACUGACCUGGAGUGUCUCAUGACCCACAAAAAUAUUACGACAAACAAACAUCACACUGGAGCAAAAUGCGAGUACAGAGAAAGUCUUUAAAAGGCAUGGUUAGCUACGACAUCCGAUGUUUGAAAUAAUCAGUAGUCAAUUAUUGGACUCUCUAGUGUAUUGAUACAUAUUAAGUUAUUAAAUAUUUAACUUGACCGCAAAUGGUUGCAAAAGUAACCCGAUGAAGAGAACACUCGCUCUGUCUUCACACUGGUCGGAGGAAUAGACCUUAGGCUAUAAUACGCAAUUUUUAUAUAUUUUCCUCUUGAACCACCAUUCUCAAAUAAAGCUAUUUCUGUUUUUACCAAUGUUUCAAAGUCUCAAUCCGUUGGUCUGGAAGUGUCUUUUGUAUUUCAAUUUUAAAUUGUCUCUUAAGCGGCAGUGUGUCUUUAAGUUCAUCAUGCUGAGAUCCAAGAUAUUUAAUUUCAUUGUUCGUAGAUAUUUAUCACGAGGAAUCCGCUGUCUGACCAAGCUUUUAAAUAUCCACGAUAUGUUUUUGCAUCUGGUCGUAAUCUGGCCUUAGAAAUACACCCAAGCAGUCACUGGAAUGUGCAGACUUGAAAUGAGAGUGAAGGCCUAAAGUUGUACCUCUAAAUGUAUUGAGUGUCUGUUACAUCGAAUGCAUUGAGCUUAGGGUGACCAAAUCAUGAAGUUGAAAAAAACUGACACUUUCAAGGACGGUUUUUUAAAUUUUUUUUUGGUGGGGGGGGGGGGGGGGGGGGGGGGGGGAAACCUCAUCCUGUACCAUCACCUCUGCCUCCCCUACACCUAUCACCUAUCUCAUCUAUCUUCUCUAUCUCAAGCACCGUGUUGAACUCUAUGAAAAUGAUUGUAAAGGGAUAACCUUUAAAACAAAACUAUCCUUUAUAUAUGUGCAUGUGAUUGUUGUAAAGGGAUAUGCCUGGCAUAACAAAAGAAAUACUUUAUGGAAUAUGUCACAGUUAAGGUAUAUUAUAAUUAUAUUGUCUGUUAUAGUGAAAUAAUACAAAAAGAGAAUUCAUUAAAGUUAUUAUAUGUGAUCCACAGGGAUUCAUCGGGGAAUAUAAAAGGGAAUCGAAAUGAUUGCAUACUUUCAGUACAGUUGUAUAGUAGAGACAAUUUGAAGCUUGUUUGAAAUGGAGUCAUGUAUGAAACGUGUGCCCCGGUCGGUUCAAAGGUUAAUAUGGUUAAGAAAGAAAUCUGUCUGUUAGACAUGAACUAUUUGGCAAUUUCGCUCACUUAGCUAGGUGGCUGAAUGGUUUAAACGUCAGACUAUUACAUAAAACUCAUUUGUUUGUGUUGAUUUGUGCUUGUGUGUUCCCCGCUCUCUCUCUCUCUCUCUCUCUCUAAAUACUUCUAUACCUGUAAUUUACUCGUACCUCCUCCUGUAUCACUUCUUUUAACUGAACUUGCUCUUGCUACACAUAAAACUCCCCUUUAUCUCUUUCUAGAUACAAAUAUAACCUAUAUAUUCAUCUAUCUCCGCUAUACCUCGUCCCGCUAUGCCUCAUCUAUCACUUCUACCUCUUCUAGCGCUUCUUCAUCUGCCUCGAGAGAGAGAGAGAGACCGGCAGGUUUCUGAACUCCUCCAUGUUAUAGCUCAAACAAUAGUUCAAUGAACUCCCCAUGCUAUAGCUCAAACAAUAGUUCAAUGAACUCCCCAUGCUAUAGCUCAAACAAUGGUUCAGACAACCCUCCCCCCCCCCCCCCAAAAAAAAAAAAAUAUAGUUCAAACAAUGGUUUGCAAGGAAAAGGGACAAUUUUGGUGCCAUCUUCUUCGCACCCCCAGGACGACCUUUCAUGGGUGACACAGUUUUUUUCGGUAACAACAACUUAGUUUAACUAAAUCUUUCACCUCUUAAUGCGUGUUCAAAGAAAUUUAACUUCCUCCUUAUUCGCCUUUAUGAUUUGUGAUAUGCGUUCACUCUCUGUAAUUUAUUCUGUGAUCCGAAAAAGUGAUUCUAAUAAAAGAAAAUAUUGUAGAAAUAAUUUUGUAUAUUAAAUUUUCUAAAAAGUGAUCAGUGUAAAUGGCGCAUAAUUUACAUCAAUAACAUAAGAAGGCUUGGUUUUGAACAUCACCAUUUAUAGAUAGCUGAAACCUUUUUUAAAAUAAAUGAUAAUAAAGGAAGGACUGAGUGCAAGCUCUGUGAAGGAAAUAGUAGAACAAGGUGUGUGGAAUCUUGAAUCGAAAGACAGGACAAUAAGAGAAUAACGUUUCGGCUAAGAGCCUUCCUCAGCAGACACGACUCACGAGGAUCAAAGUACUGAGCCUGGAGGACGAACCAGUUAACCGGGACACAGUAACCUAGCUAGGGUGUGCCACCUGGGCAGGGCUGAGAAUUUUGCUGCAUCCUGCCACGUAAAAGGACACUGACUGAAGUUGGUGGAAAAUGCCGACCGUAUAAAGAAAAUAAAAUGCCGCCUAAUUCAGAGCGCCCCCUCCGCACCCCAUUCCUUAGUCAAUGCCAGGAAAGGUUAAAGGAUGACUAUAGCCACCCUCCUACCAAAAAUGUAGGCCUAUAUCCAGUGGUGACGCCAUCAAAUUUAACAUGGCGGGUCCCUUGCAGGUCUUAAACAAAUUUGGAGGGUCCCAAAUAAAUGUAUUAAAAAUUAAAAUUUAUUUAUUAAGUAAUAUUUAUUAUAUAUAUAAUAUUAGUAACUAAUUAACAUUUACCAGGUCAUUUGCCAGAUCCCAAGUUUUUUUACCAGGUCAUGGGACCCGGCGGGACUUGGCGUAGCGUCGCCACUGCCUAUAUCUAAUCCAAUAUUUAUUUUGCAUGAAAAAUUACGAUUUGGGCGCCCUCUGAAGAUGACACCCGGAACGGGUGCUCUAUUCUCUCUACAUCCCCACCCAUUUGGCCCAGGGUCAGGAUUCCGAGACACAUGUCCUAAAAAAGUAGGAUAAAUUUAUCGCCGUCAUGUUCGAAUGAUGGUUUCUGAGCAUUGGUGCGCUUGCAAUUUGAGUGCAGUGCUGUCCGAACUGUCCGAGCGAACUGGACGUUUGCUUCCCGAAUUAUUGUUUUCUCAGGAAAAAAAAAAGAACCUUAGACACACUCCAGACAGCAGGGUCUUUAAAAAUUAUUAUACAAUUUUAUCAUAAAGCUGGCGAUCGGCAAUCCGCUACUCUUUGAAUACAACGAAUCUUUACAAUAUUAUGCCUAAACAUAAUUUUUUUGAAUAAAAAAUCCAUUAUCUAAGCAUUUAAACUCAAAUGAAAUCUUUUCAGAAACUUGUUCAGUUAUUUGAUAAUUGAAAUGUAGGGCUAAAUCACUGCAUCCGUGUGCUAGUAUAUUGAUUGUAGAUAUAGAUACUAAUAAUACAUUAAAGUAUGGAAGCAGGGGGGUGCCAAAAUGGAAAAUUAUCCUAACUUUACAAAUAAUAUAGAGGGUAUUCGCCUACAUCAUAUUCAUAUAGCCUAUCAUUAAAUUUAUUUAAGAAUUGCCGUUUUCACGUUUCGCUUUUCCUCGGCACAAUCUUGAAUAGAAGAAGUUUAAAAACUUAACACUCCAACAGUUGUAAUGUACAUAUUCACCCUCCCAAUCCACCCCUGACUAUGUUUCCCAUAAUAAUUUCUAAGGAGACAUACAUUAUAAAAUGACUAUAUGCACACACAAAAAAAUUAAAAAAAAAUAAAAAAAAAAAAUAAUAAAAAAAUAAAUAAAUAGUUGUUUAGUUUAAGUUUAACCUAUAAAAGUAUCAAGGCUUAAAUGUGUCAAUAUUUUGAAAUAGAGAGCCACAUUUUAGAAGUUCUGUUCGUGUUCAGUCGUCUUCAGGGUUCGGUUCGCAUUCAGUAACAACUAAAGAUUGGCUUCGGCGACCACACUGUGGUCGACAGCAGUUCCCCAUUUGGUUAUUUGAAAUUAAUUUUGUUUUAAAAUUUAAAUAAAAUAAAUGCAUAUUACGUUUAUUAUAAACAUACGGAUUUAUAUGGAAAUUCACAAAAAUAACAACAUAAUUUAGGUAAUACAUUUUCUUAAGCAAUCAUAGUACACCAUGAUUUUUAACUAGUUAUGUAUCAAUGUAAAUGUAUGCAUAAACGCGUGUCGCUCAAAUUGAGUGAAAAUAAGGAAACAUGCAUUUUUAUUGGGUUUUAUGUGUAUUCUUGUCAAAACGAUACGAAAUAUUUUAUUAUUAAAUAUCAACCAUUUCAACUGCACACGCUAAAACAAACAAUUUCUAUUAUGUCUUUCCUCACUUUUGAUCUACUGCGGCGCGUCGGGGUUUGUUAUUUUUUAAUCUUGUAGGUUGCAGACAGUGAGGUGGCUAGCGUUAGUGCCGCCUGGGGCGGGCCAAGAUCCCGCCUUUCCACCCAAUCAUAUCUCGCAUUAUCUAGGUGUUGUAAACUGUAAAGGGUGUGACUGAUAAACAAAUAUGCCUACGGGUAUCUAAUUUUUAUUUUGUUUUGAACGAAUUUUUGGCAGUGAAUGAAAAAUAGUCUGCCACAUAGUGUUGUUGUUUAAUUAGUCACUAAUUAAUACAAAAUAUAUCCUGUGCGCGAGGGAAAGUAGGGUAGGGAAGAGUUGGGUAUGGACGACUUAAAAAUGAUUAUUUUGUUUUACAAAAAUUUGUUUUGCAAUUGUAUUUUCUAGCUAUAAGCAUUUCUGGUAUAAGCAUUCAUGUGCCACAUUCGUAAAACAGUGUCGGUUCAAAUAAGUUUGCGAUCGAACGUUCGGAUUGGUUCGUACUCAGUGACGUUGAAGUUCGGGUUUAGUUCAGGUUCGAUCGACAGCAGAGUUCGGCUUGGUUCAUGUUGGGUCAUUAGUAGGGUUUGGUUUGAGUUUUGUCGUCAGUAGGGUUCAAGUUUUGUAUGUUCGGUUCAAUUCCCAACUCUAUUCUGAAACUAUAUCAGUGACAAUCAUGUUAAAUUUUGAACGAUUUGACAAGGGCACUGAACAGAUACUAGUGUUUUGUUUUUGUGACUGACUUAUUAAGUGCAACCAGUGCCGUGCGAAGGGACCCCCUACCCCAAAUGGGUGCCAUCUUCAGAGUGCGCACAUAUUGCCAUUUUUAAAUGCAAAACAUUAUUGUGAUUUAGAGAAGAGGGGGCUUAAAUUAAGGCUUUGCCCCGGGUGCAGCUUUUGCUUGCCACGUUCCAUAGUGCAACUUUCCAAUUUUCCCCAAGAUAAACUACUCAAGGGCACUCACCAAAAGAGAGGGGUGGAUGGAACUCUCUGGGGAGUCGUGCUGGUAAUUUUACGCUCGUAUAGACCUACUAUAUUAAUAUCCACAAAGCUAGUUUAGUUUAAUUAAAUUGGUAUUUCAUUUACAUGAACAAAUAUGCCUUUUCUCUAUUUGUCUGCUGUUAUUAAUGAUAAAAACUUCCAAUUUUUGCUAGCAAAUUUUGCCCCACUUUGUGCAUUUAAAUCAUUUUCAAAUAAUGAGAGAAGAUUUUUUCGGGGAAUGUUGUAAAAUUAGGAAUGAAAGGCAAAAUUUUAGAUGGCAUCAACCGUUUUUGAAAAUAUGAAUAAAUGAAGGGACUGCUGUUUUCUACUGUGUUCUUUUCUUUGUUGUAUUUUCAUUUCUAUUGUUGGCUGAUGAAGGCUUUAUGCCGAAACGUCCUUGUUUUUUGUCCUGUUACCUUAUUUCAAGCUUCCACAUACCUCGUUUCACCAUUUCAUUCUUUUGAAAAUAUGGUAGGUUAUUAAUAAUUCAAUUUUGAAUUGUAAGAUAACUAAUGAUAAGUCUACACAGUAACAGUAAAUUAAUUUAAAAUUCAAGUUGCCGUGACAAUAGAAGUUCGGCUUAAAAUUAAAACAAGAUAUUGAAAAUCAUAUUUUCCUGGAUAUUGAAUAUUGGACUGACGUCUUGAAAAAAUCUGGUUCAGUUAAAGUUCAGUUCAUACGUACAGACACUACAGAGCAUAGUACCUUCCUUCAUUUUUUGUACAAGGUCAAGUAGUGAAUUACGAAAAUGUAAGUUAAUCAAAAUAAUACGUGCACAUACGUGAUAGGGAUACAUACAUUGAUAAAACUGCCUUGGAACAAUUGAUUAAAUUCAUUAUUCUAAUUCUUUUGAAUGAAAUGGUUUUGAUAUGAGUUAACAGUUAAGUCCAGUUAAGUUAAGUCAACUAAAUAAUGUUUCCUCAAUAACUGUCAGUGUCAGUGUCACUCCCUUGACAGUCACAGUGUGAGUGUGAACGUUGAAUGUCAUGUCACUUGUAAUUGUAAUAGACCCACUCUAGACACUCUAGUCAUAGUGUCACUGUCAAAGGCUAAUGCCAAUGCCCUUAAACUUAAAUUAACAAUUAGUGGCCUAGCUAGGAUUGGUGCUGCCCCACUUUCACUAACUACAUGAGACAUAACGACAUAAGGCAUAAGGAUAAGAAAAAUAAGAACAAAAAAGAUGGAGUUAGCUGAAAAUGCUGACUUUCCACUGUAUAUAUAUAUAUUAUAGGUCCGAUAUAUGUGAAGAGAUAGCACUGCAUUUUUACCAAUGGCCGCCAUCUUGGUUGCAGCGACCUGUGAUUUUUUUACGGUUUCAUGAGUCGCGGCAACCAAGAUGGUGACCAUGGAAAAAUAAAAUAAUUCACGUUUUAGUAAAAUUAAGAAUAAAACUUUAAAAAUAAAGAAAAAAUGUCCUAAAUGUAUCCCUAAAUCUAACCUGAAACCUAAAUCUAUCCCUAAACCUAACCUGAAUCCUAAAUUUAUCCCUAACCUGGGUUUAUGACUAGGGGUGUGCCGGAUCCGUUUUUUCCAACCGGAUCCGGAUUUUCUUGUGCGAAAUCCGCCGGAUUCGGAUCCGGAUUCCGGAAUAAUCCGGAUUCCGGUUUCUUCCGGAUUUUGGUACUAUUGGUAGAUACUUCGGUAAGUCAAGGUGGACUACUACUUUUUGUGUAUGGGAAUUCGCAAUCGGCGCCAAAAAAUCCGAGUUUUUAAUUUUCCGAUGUGUGUGUCUAUUUAUUAUUAAAUUAGUACUUUCGAUAUAUAUUUGAGUUCCGUUCCAUUUGGAUAAGUGUCUUACGAGAGACGCCAUGUUUCUACGCGUUCGCAGCAGGUCAUGCAGCUCGCUCAACCUAAUUUCGCCAUGGGGUUGGCCACGCCCCCCUUUUUAAUGGCGGAAGUUGACGAUACUUAGGAAAUAUUAAUAUAUUAUCACUAUUUACAUCAAAAUAAUUGAUAACUUGUGUUUCAGAAUGCAUUUAAAGACAUUUAAACUGGAAUGUUUUAAUUUGAGCUUUAACAACCCGGUAGAAUCCAUAUUAUAAAUGAUCAGAAUUUACCGUGUGCAACACGUUGUCAUUGGCAACCAUUCACAGCCACUUGCAUAACUGUAUCGUAGUACUACCUCAGAGUUUCAUUCAUAAGAGUUUGCCGUGUGCAAAAACUAUUAAACCAUUGGUCAGGGAAAGCUUUAAUUAAUUAUUCAUGUGCCAAAGUUGAAAGUUUAAACUAAGUCUAAACAGUAUUUUAGUGAUAAGGCAGGGAAUGCGUUGCCUUAUAUAAACUAUAUAGUCAUUGCGCAUGACGGGAUUGGCGGAAUGAGAUCACAGAAUGUGGAGAUGCAGUCCAUGUUAAAAAAUGACAAACCAAGUCGUACUUUAAAAAUUCAUAACUUUAAAACUACAACAGCUAAAAAUAUGAUUUUGGUGUUAUAAUUCUUUAAAAAAUUACAUCUUUUCAACUAUGCCAUUGGUUUAUUUUUACAAAAAGUUUAAAUUUUCUUAUCAAAGUCCCUACACUAUUGGCCACUAUUAGCGGUGCUGACUCUAGCCUCUGGUAUGUACGGAAUAUUAAACAUUAAACAAGCUCAACGCUCGAAACAAUCGAUUAAUGUAUCGUGAUCGUGUGGAAUUCGGGAAAGAGAAUUACUUUUAUUUCAGAUUAUGAUCCGGUGAGUCACAAAAUCUGGCAAAUUCCGAAAUCCGGUUGUUCCGGAUACAUGUAAAUCCGGCGGAACCGGAUUUCACCGGAUAGUGCAAAAUCCGGCGGAACCGGAUUCCGGACCGGGGUCUGGCACACCCCUAUUUAUGACCCUAUUGGAAUCAGGGUUUUGACCCUAUCGGAACCAGGGAUUUGACCCUCUCCCUAACCUGGAUAUUGACCCUGAAAACUAGGAAAAUGAACAAAAAGAAGAAAAAAAUGGCACAAAAAAAUUAUAAAAUAAAGAAAUAAUGAAAACCCAACUUAAAUAAAGUUUCACGGAAUACACUUUUACACACUUUAUUUCAGGUUCCACCAAAAAUAAUAUCCACAAAAUGAAUAAAAUACAAGAUCUGCCAUGAAUAAGUCCAGACCUGACAAACCUUUCAAUUUUGUCGGAAAUCUCAAUUUUGUCGGAAUUAUACUGAUUUUUUACCCCACAUUCCGACCUUCCGACAACCCCUUAAAAUUCUGAUUUUUUAGAACUUAAUAAUUUUCUAACCCCCAAAGCGGUAAAAAAAAAAUCGGAUACGACAGGAAGUGUUGCAUUUGUUUUUACGAAGUGUCUUCAUGCCCGGCAACCGGACGAAUAAGUGAAUAAAUUCCAUGACCCACGUAGGUCGUGAUAAAUUCUCGAUAUAUUCGUGCGGCUAUUAUAUAUAAUCGACAAGUCACAUGACCACCCUAACAAAGUUGCGCGGGAUAUUAGUCUGUCAGCCUUGUCAUGUGUCAAUCAAUGGUACUUCAUUUCAACCAAUUCAAGAUAGUCUGGAAAUUUACACGAAAUGAAAUAUGUUCGAUUCUACAAAAGAAAUACUAGAACCAUUGCUGGUAUAUAAAAAAAACAAUUAAAAAUUUGUUUAAAAGGGGGGGGGGUUGGCCCCCCCCCCCCCCCGAUGAAUAUCUCCCGCACUAUUUGUCCGGUCGCCUGACGUCUAGACACUGCCUUGUUUUUAUCAAAGCGAACCGCGAUCUUCAAAUCAUUCUUCAAUCAUCAAUUGAUCCAACCGCAAUUCAUCCUUUUUACAAGGCUAAAAAUUAAUUCAAACUAUUUUUUGUUAAAGCGACCAAAUAUUUUCUUAAUUAAAUGAUUAAAUCUAUGGAAAGUGAUGGGUACAAAGAUAUUAAUAAAUAUAUUAUCGGACGCUUCAGUUUGAGUUAGCAAAUCGUUUUAUUUACCACCUCUUUGUAGCCAACUCCGAUCCUUUUAAUGCCAGAGUCAAAGAAAUGUUUGCAGACUUGCAGAAUGCUAGAAGAUUGUAAAGAAAAUUUACAAUGAAACAAAAGGGCAAGCAUGAAGUUGAUACUUGCUUGCACCAGUAACUAAUGUUUCCUUUAAGCUGCCCAGCCGCGCAGUAAUCUCACAGACGCCGCGCUGCAGUUUUGAGUACAGAGCAGCUAAUUUCCACUUAAGGGUGUGUUUGUGUCUGUAGGCUGUAAAAUUUGCGCACAAAACAAUUGAUGCUGUAAAAAUUUGCACACAAAUUUAUGAUUUUGCACACGAACCAACAAACCUUAGAGGGAACAUUGCAGGUAACCUUAAUCAGUUGCACUGCUAACCUUCAGUUGUACAAAAAGCUGUUGGACAAGUGCAAAAAGGCCACUAUGGAUAUGCUGGAAAACUUUACUCUUAGCAGCCUAUGUACGUAUGUAAAUAAAAUGGAUGUUCUGUACUGUAUAUCUAGACUAUAUAUAUAAACAUUUCCAGUAAUGUUUUUCUCAUGCCCCUGGGGGGGGGGGGCAGCUGCCCCAUUCCCCCCCUGCGUGCAGCCCCCUACAGAUUUUUUAUCUUGGCAGGUCUGCAAGUCGUUUCAAAAUGGCGGAACACAUAAAAAUUAAUUAGCCAACCAAUAAAAUUUUAAAAUUAUAAUAAAAUCAACCAAUAAAAAUUUAAUUAAAACGUGCCAUCAUCAUUGUUAUGUAGAUGACGUGUUUUUGUAUAAUAUCAUUCAAUUUUUCUAUAUUAAUUUUUUUUAAAUGUAUUUUUAACCAGGGCAGCAACAACAGCUGAUGUAGAGCUUAAGAAGAAACUAUGGGCUCCUCCUUUUGAUGCCAGAUUCCCAAAUCAAAAUCAGACAAGGUAACUAGCAGUUUCAAAAUAUAAUUUCUUUUAGUAACAGGAUUAUUUAGUUUUUAAAGCACGUCUAUAUUACAUCAGCAAUUAUGAUUAAAAGACAUAACAAAACUAGUUUCAGUUGUUUUUUUGUAAAUGUAGAGGUGGAAGGAUGAGGUUUAGGGUUAAGGAUUGAAGGUACAGGGGUACAGGAAAAGUUGGCUGUGUAUGAGUGAAUAAUGAAGGGUGUGGAAAAGGUUUAGGGGGGUAGAGAUUUGGGGAAGGCCAGAGGGGAAUGUGUAGUUUCUAAAGUGUGUCAGAUUUAGUUAUCAAAAAUUAUCUUUCAUCUACUAAUAGAAAUUGCUGGCAGAAUUAUGUUGACUACUUCCGUUGCCAAAAAAUCAAGGGUGAGGAUUAUGCUCCUUGUGAAUAUUUCAAGAAAGUAUACACACAUUUAUGUCCAGGAUUUUGGGUAAGCAUAAUUAUCUAUAACUGCACAUUAAAACUUAAGCACCAUCAUAAAAAAACAUGCAAUUUGAUAAUACAUAAGUUGUUUCAAUUAUCAAAUUACAUGUUUUUAUAAAUGGUGAGCUCUUUAUGUUGUUUUUCAAUAAUUAAUUGUUAUACUUUUAUGAAAAAAUCCACACAUGAAUUACUUUAAAUGAGUUAUAUCUUUUUUGGUGGCACAUAAGGCAAAAAGAUUGACAGUGACCUUAUUUUCUGUAUUGAGAUUAAUUAGGAGAGAAAAAUACUGUUAUAAAAAUGUUUAAGAUUACUUUGAAAUUAACAAAAAAGAUAAUCAGAAAUUGAACAUUAUUAAAUUUAAAAAAACAACAACGGAGUUUAUGAACUCUUAUCUGCACUAGAACCUUCCCUGUACCAUUGACCGUCAACAAAUAUGAUCUUUUUAAGUAUAAUUGUAUAUGUUGUACCUGUACUCAUUGUAGAUUUAUCAAACUAGGAUACAUGUAAAGCAAAGCUCUUCAAAACUAAAAGAAACAAACGAACAAAAAAAGUCAUAAAAUGUAUGGAAACUAAACUACACUCAAAUCAUGAUAAGAAGCAAAGCUCCUAGUAGGUGCUUACCCAAGGGUUUCAUGUAAUCUUGUUUUAAAGGCAUACCUCAUGUGGCAAAGGCAUCAAGUAAAAAAUGUAAAAUAAAAAAAAAAUCAGAUGACUUUGUUGAAAUUUAAUUUAAUAUUGACAUGAUGAUAUUUUUCAGGUUGAGCAGUGGGAUGAGCAACGAGAAAGUGGAACCUUUGCUGGAAAAAUUUAGUCAGCUAUUUGUUUUGUAGAAUUUUGGAGUUAUUGGAGAGAAAUUAUAGGAAAUUUAAUUUAACUUAAUACAUGUCUAAGUAAUAAACACUUUUUCAUGUCAACUAUAUAAUGUUAUAUUUAUUGUUUAUUUUACACUAGGGUUUGAAUUUAUACACCCCAAAAACGUAUGAUAAAAUAAUAAACUUGUCAAAACAUUUUGGUGUGGAGUUAAAAUAUUUUACUUGUAGUGUUAGCAAAUGAUACUGUGAAAUUACUCUCAACUGUAAUAGUGUAAUUGUCUUGUUGAUGGAAGGAGAGAUUAAACUAAUAUUUUUCAUUUUUAACUGACUAUACUUAAUAAAACAUGCAUCAUUUCAAAAUGAUAAAUUAUUUUUUUACUUUUUAAAAAGUGAUGUAAAUUAGAACAUUUUUAGUUUAAAAGUUUUCCCAAUUAAAAUGUGAAUUUUCAUUACUACUUCUUUUACUACCCUUCUGGGCAAUAAUUACAGGUGAUAGUGCAUCAAGCAAUUCUAAAAUUUCAAUUUAGAACAAUGCCUAGCAAUUUAAAACAUUUUAUCACAAAUUAAAAACUUAGCACUGAUAAAGAAAAUAAU